AUGCAUGUGCUAGCAUGCUAUAGAAUGGCUUCGCUGUACGUGGGCGACCUGCACCCUGAGGUGACGGAGGCAAUGCUGUACGAGAAGUUCAGCCCAGCCGGGCCCAUCCUCUCCAUCCGCAUUUGCAGGGACAAGAUCACCCGCCGCUCGUUGGGCUAUGCAUAUGUCAACUACCAGCAACCGGUGGACGCCAAGCGGGCCCUGGAGACCCUGAACUUUGAUGUCAUCAAGGGCAGGCCAGUGCGCAUCAUGUGGUCCCAGCGGGACCCCUCGCUCCGCAAGAGCGGGGUGGGCAACGUCUUCAUCAAGAACCUGGGCAAAACCAUCGACAACAAGGCGCUGUACAACAUCUUCUCGGCAUUCGGCAACAUCCUCUCCUGCAAAGUGGCCUGCGACGAAAAGGGGCCCAAGGGCUACGGGUUCGUGCACUUCCAGAAGCAGGAGUCCGCCGAGCGGGCCAUCGAUGCGAUGAAUGGCAUGUUCCUGAACUACCGCAAAAUUUUCGUUGGGAGGUUCAAGUCGCAUAAGGAACGAGAGGCCGAAAGGGGAGCCUGGGCCAGGCAGUCCACCAGUGCUGACGUCAAGGAUUUCGAGGAAGACACCGACGAGGAGGCCACCUUGCGAUGAAGACAUCUCAGGAGCGAGCCAGCCAGCAGAGCCAAACCUUGGCUCCCACCCGGUUUACAACCCCACCCUUUGCCCCCCUAACCCACCAGCAGUGUAUUGUAUUGGGAGUGCAGGUCUCUCUCUCUCACAACCGCCCCGCCUCUUUCUUCCCUCCAUCUCUC